AUGUCUGACCGUCUUCCUGACAUCCAUACCAAGUUGGAGCAAAAUGACGACGUCGAUAAGACCGGAGCAUCACUUAUACGGACAAAUUUUGAUGAUUAUUCAAUGUAUGAAGUGGACGAGAAGCAGCAUAACACAACAUGUCCACCGGAUCUGCUCGGCUUUGAUGUGAACCUUCUUCGAAACUUAUCAGCGCAAGAUGCGUACUUGCGGGAGCAAUUGAACAGCUGCGUCAAAUCCGCCUUGGCCUCACAAGAUCCCUGCACAUUGGCUGACGACGAGCGUGAGGAGAAGAUGCGUACAAGACAGCGCUGUGUGAGUCGCACAGUCGUACCCAGACAUGCAGCUACGGUAAAGAUUGUCGUUUCGCUCAUGGUGUCGAUGAGCUUCGUCUUCCUGCUCAGCCUCGCGGUCGUAGUCAUUCCAUACAAAUCAUUACUUUGUGACAAAUUUUCGAAUACUGGAUACUGUAAAUAUGGAGCUAGGUGUCAAUUUAUCCACAAAAUUACUAAUCCUGCUAUCCUCGCGCAGCAAAUGCUAGCACGUGAAAACGCUCUGAGGGCGCAGGCAGUUUUUAAUCCUCAACACACACUGGAUUCCUCUUGCUAUCCUCAAGGCAGACGUUUGGUUGAUAUGAAUGUCAGCAUGCCGAUCGAUAUGAUCAAUCAUCGCAGCGAUGUGGAUCGUGCUUUUGCUCGUACAGCAGGCAGCCAAAACGUAGCAAGUAUAGCAAGAACUAUUGAAAAUCGUCACGCCUACCUCUCAGUAGCAUGCAGUGGUUCAACAAUAGCGUUCGUCGUCUUUGAGAACGACAAUUUCACCACAACAGCAUCACUUCCACAUCUGAGGGGCACUGCUUUUUGGCUUCAACUUUUCACGUUCAUUGCGACUUCAACAGGAUCGAGGGAGAAGUGUAUUUGGGAAACGGCGUAUUCUGCUCUCAUACGCCGAUUGAAGACAAGUCCUUACUGGGUUCAGCGUUAUUCGCAGCAGGUGUUCUACGAGUAA